AUUGAUGAACACGCGCAGAGGGAGAUAGUGAAUCACAGGUCCUUGAAGCAUCCCAAUAUAAUAAGGUUCAAGGAGAUCAAACAUGAGCUAAAGCUUUCUCUCCAAUUAAUCUUCGUCGAGAUCAAGGCCGUACGUGAUCACGAUCAAUCACAGAAAGAUAAUUCUUUUAACUUUAUUUGUUUACUUAUUUAUUUUGAUAUUGGUGAUCAUGAUGCAUGCAUAUAAUAUGCAUGCCGCCUGCUUAGGCUGAAUUCUUCAAACGAAUCAGAUUCCUGCAUGGACUUUAUCUUUUUGGGUAGAAUCAUACAUAUAUAUAUAUAUAUAUAUACACACACAAUAUGACCUGAUUAAUUCUUUGAUAAUAGGAUUUAAUUAAGUCCCCUGUCAUUGCACAAAGCAAUGACAAGUGUCAGUACUGAUGAAAAGAGGUAGAGAUCAAAAGUGUACUUGUCCAAAUGGAAUGUCUGUGUCUUUGAUUGCAUGCAUGCAGGUGCUGCUAACACCAUCUCAUCUAGCCAUAGUCAUGGAAUAUGCUGCUGGAGGAGAGCUAUUUCAAAGAAUAUGCAAUGCUGGCAGAUUCAGCGAGGAUGAGGCAAGAUAUUUCUUUCAACAACUUAUUUCUGGAGUUAGUUACUGCCAUUCGAUGGAAAUUUGCCAUAGAGAUCUGAAGCUGGAAAACACCCUUCUAGAUGGAAGCUUAUCACCACGUCUUAAAAUAUGUGACUUUGGCUAUUCCAAGUCGUCUGUGUUACAUUCCCAGCCCAAAUCCACUGUAGGAACACCGGCUUAUAUUGCACCGGAGGUCUUGUCAAAGAAAGAAUAUGAUGGGAAAAUCGCAGAUGUUUGGUCUUGUGGGGUUACCCUAUAUGUGAUGCUGGUUGGGUCUUAUCCCUUUGAAGAUCCAGAAAAUCCAAGAAAUUUCAGAGAAACUCUUCAGAGGGUUCUUAGCGUCCACUAUACAAUUCCAGACUAUAUUCGUAUUUCCAAGGAUUGCAGACAUCUUUUAUCUCGAAUCUUUGUAGCCAACCCAGAAAAGAGAAUAAGCAUCCCAGAAAUUAAGAAGCAUCCCUGGUUCUUGAAGGACUUGGCAGUCGAGAAUGAAUUAGCUGAAUUAUGUGGCUCGGAAAAUGGUGACAUUUCGUCCCAAAGUAAUGAAGAAAUACUGUCCAUAAUUAAAGAGGCUAGGAAACCAGGUGAGGGACCCAAACUUGGUGGGAAUAAUAAUAUUCUUGGUGGAGGCAACAGCAUGGAUAUUUUUGACGAGAUAGAAGCAGAUGAUGAUGACACAGACGACAUGGAGACAAGUGGCGAUUUUGUCUGUGCAUUGUGAGUGCUCCUUGAACAUGAAAAGAAUGCCUUUAUAUAAGCUCUUUUCAGUGAACUUUGGCGGCCUGCAUGUUUGCAUGCAAACUAAAUAGCUAGCUAGGGGAAUCAACAUUUUUUCAUGUUUAGUGGGUGAUGUUGACAGUUGAAUCGUUGAUUGCCUAUGUCCAUGGAAGCUGGCCGCUAGCUGCCUUGUUCUGAUCUCUCAUGUGUAAUCAAGAGCGCGCAUCAAGUAGCUGUUAUAUAUCCAUGGUAUCUUGCUUUUUAACAUUUUGUAACUACUUUAAAUUAUCUGUUAUUUAUGUUUAAUGAUCAACAUAUAUAACUUGUUGCUUUGAGUUUUA